AUUUAGCCAAAACCUUAGCAGCGGCGUGCCGCCGUGCCCCGCUCCGAAAUCCGUAGGUGCUCUUUUUGAGCUUUUUGGGGAUCGAACAGGAAAUCAUGGCGGUUGCUUUGCGGGGAGCAACCUUCUGCUGCGGUGCUCGAUAUCGGUGCGCACUCAUUGGAAGCUUGAACCCUUGUAUUCUUCCGUUCCAACACGUAUCCUCCCGGAGUAUCGCCUCCAAGCUAUUCGUCGGUGGGCUCUCAUUCUACACGUCCGAGGAUACGCUAACUGAGGCCUUCUCAAAAUUUGGCCAAGUGGUUGAAGCAAAAAUAGUUAUGGAUAGAGUCUCCGACAGACCAAAGGGGUUUGGAUUUGUAACAUUUGCAUCUGAAGAUGAUGCCCAGAAUGCUCUGGAGCGGAUGAAUGGAAAGGUGUUGAAUGGGAGGGUUAUAUUUGUGGACAUUGCCAAAGCCAAACCAACUUCUUAUGCUUUUCCCAUCUCAAGAGGUCCUCCUGAUCCACCAAGCAGCAAAUGAUUCCUAUAUACUUGUAACUAAAAUUUUUUCUAAUAUUCUCAGCAAAGUUUCUUUCGCAGUCAAUAUGAGAUGCUCCGGCUAUGCAUGAUUUUGGGAAGGUUGAUCUAUGCAGUUUUAUUUGCAUGUCUACACUUGACAGUAAUAGUGACCUAAUACUUAUUUCUAAAUUAAGGAUAUUAUAAGUAGCCAUGUCAUUUUUACAAUAAAAAAAAAACACUUUUCGGCAA